AUGUGCCAAUUUAUCUUUGAGGAUGAUGACAAGGAAUCACGUUCUGAUUAUGAAUUUUCUAGAGAACGUAAAAUAUUAGGAAGCAUUUGUAGUGUCGGAUUUUGCUCUGUAUAUAUUAUAUUAUUUGCUGUAAUUCUUGGUGUAAAUAUUUCGUGGUCAACUCCACCAACAUUGAAUUGUUCGAUAUCGAGUGAAUUGACAACAAGUUUAUCAACACAAAUAUCACAAAUUAAUUUAAAAAGAAAUAUAUUUAAUCAUUAUAUUGAUAUUUCGAUAGAUAAUAAUUUAUUUGCAAAAUUAAAAAGUCGUUCCGUCUUGGGAUAUCCAAUGACAAUAGAUUUGACAUCAAACAAGGAUUCAUCACUUGGUGAUUCGUAUGCUCUUGAUGAAGUUGGAACAAGUGGUCAUAAUUUAACUAUCCGUAAUUGUAAUGGUACUUUUAUUGGAAAUAUAAAACAACAAUAUGAUUCUGUGUGGAGUGAUUUCAUCAUUAAUAAUUUCAAUUCUAGGCCAAUAAUGAAAAUUACAGAAAAGAGACAAAUCUCACCAAAAGAAUUUUAUAUUUAUGAUUAUGAUAAUUCUAAAACUCUUAUUGGAACUAUUUCACAAAACCCAGCUGCUUGGGGAGACGGUAUGUUUUUGAUUUAA